AAGGAAAAAAUAGAUGAAAAAAACCUGGACUCAAACAUGCCCUCUUCAGAUGAUUUGAACUACAGCAUGGCUUCAAGUAGUAGUGUUUAUGAUAGGGACAGAGAUCAUCCCUCCAGCUGCUUGUCUCCAUCAUCCAUGCUGUCAGUGCAGACACACAAACAUCAGGAAAUCAAGUCAGCUGUUCUUUCUAGUCAAUCAAGAGUGCCGAAUCACAAACCUCUGCUCUUAAAACAAAAAGAAAUCCUUUGGAAUAGUCCUGUGUUCAUGUACCCUGAGCUGCUUCCCAAGACUGCACUUCUUCCACAAAGUGAAUGUGAGAGGAAUUGUAAGUCACCCUUCACCAGGUCUGAGGAUAUACUGCUUGUGUUGGGACUUGAUCAGUUCAAACACACAAAAAAGCCAUGCAGUUACAUCCAACAACUGUUGAUGCCAUGCAAGUCUGCUCAUCAGAUGAUGGGCCACAUAAAAUACCUUUCAAGCACCCGCAGCAGUAGGAACAAUGUCAUAUGGCAAUACAAGCACGAUGGCAAACUUCCAGAACUUCCCCAGAAAGUGGAACACUUUUGUCCCAGCAUGUUUAAAGCACCUAAAGAUCAGUGCAGUUCUCUUUUGCCAUCAUGGUGCCAGACUUAUCAACAGUAUUUAAAGAGACAAAUGGAAUCUCAGCAAGCAGCAGGACAAAUGAUGUUAUUCAAAGCCAGCUUAUCCUCCAUUUCAUCUGAGGGUAAUAACACCAGCUCAUCCUCGAUGUCUUGUGAGGGUAAUAACACCAGAAAGAGGAAGCAGACAGAGGUGUUUGGGGACCAGAGCUAUUCUGGUAGUUCCGAUGGCAGUUCUGACAGUGAACCCAAUAGAGGUGUCCAACAGAAUGUGUCUAGGAAAUAUCAGCCUCCAGUCAAUCGCCAUCAAAUCAGACUGAAGCGACAUAAGUCCAGGAAAAAAUGCAUAGGAACAAAUACAUACAUCUCCACCCCAGUGACUGUUCUGCCAACCUCACAGGGCCCACCCAGUGCCAUUGUCACUUCCAUGGGAAUCUUUGUGCCUAUCCACUUAGCAUCUCCUGCUAAGCUCAACUCUGUCUUUGCUGAAGCAAAUAUUUCAUGCAGCAGGGGCAGCAAACAACAGCCUUGUGUCACUACCGCUCAGCUUCUCAACCUUGGUGCUGUACAUUCAGAAGUGAGUGACAAGGCCACAGAAUCAGAGGCACCAGCUGGGACACAAAACAAUGGUGUUGAUGGCAACAGAGAUAGGGUGACUGAUCCAGUGGAGUCUAUAGGAGCUUCAGCAGGUGUUUCUACCAGCAGUUAUCACACUGUCAGUGGGAUGUUGCAGGAUACUUGUAACAGUGACAGUGGUUAUGACCUGGGACAGCAGUCAGUCAGGUGGCAGGAUAUCUGUAACAACAGCAUGGACAGACAAGUGUCUUGUGUGUCAGAUGAGGACACUUAUAUCCAUGGCCAACAAAGCAAUGUACACAGUCCUUUGGCAUCUAGCACAGAGCAAAACUGCUAUAACAGCAGUUGUCAUGCUGACAGUGUGGUCAGGCAUGCUACAGCGGUCACUCUGCCUGGCUCUGUACGUGAUGGAGGUGAGAAUACAACAGAGGUUUGUAUGAGGUCAGGUAGGGUUAAACAAGUGAUGGAUCACAGCACUGAGAGGCAGGAGGAGGUAAUCCAGAGCAGCACUGUCACAAGUGGAUGGGAUUCAGAUGAGGACACUGUGAGUGCAGGAAAUGAAAGCUUAGAACAAGGAGGGUCAGUUGAUUGCUGUCCUUCGGGAAGUGGUGGGUCUCCUGGCAGUGGUGGCUUUGUUGGUGGCCUAGAAGAUGAGCCAAGUAUUAUGGAACCUGAUUCCACUAGCUCAUCUGUAGAUGUUCAUCUACAGUCUUGUGAGAAGGAACAAGCAGAAUGCAUUAUGGACAAGGAACUUCAGGGGGGACCGGCUACAGGGAAAGGUGUUAACCUUGGGCCUGCAGUCACGGUUACUUCUGAUAUUGUCCAGAUGGCUUUUGACAGCAUAUGCUGCUCCUCCUCAAAACAGUUUUUAUCCUGCUGUCAAGAGAAAAGUUUUGACUCAAGUCUAGCUAAGGAAUGGCAUAAAAAUUUGUUAGGACCAGCAAUAACUAGCAUUUUUGCGAUUACUUCUCAGGAGGUAAGAAAGUCAACUGAACAGGGUAAUGGUGCGAGUAGAACACCAGUUGAUAUUGAAGACAAUCCACCUGACAAUACUGGAACUUUAGAAGAAGUGGAGCAGACUUCUACAAAUUGUGCAGAUAGUCCUCUAAGCUCUGACAUCAACAAACAGUGGAGGAGAGACAACACUACAGAAAUUGUGCCUUUGGACUCAUCAACCUCUGACCCUAGGAGUAUUACAAAAAGACCUGAAGAUGAGGUGAGUGGCCCAUCAUCUGAUGUGUAUGUCUCCUCAUCAGGGCUUUGUACACAGAGACCACCAGUGACGCCACAUGUAUCACAGCCACUUUUGUCAAAUGUUUGUAAUUUAGAAGUCAAGGACAUGUUUAGGCAGCAGAAGUUUCCAGAAAAGUCGAGGGCAAAGGAAGAGGAUCCUGUGAGAGAUAGCAACAAAAACUCUCUCCAUCAGGGGAAGCAUCCAAAAGCUUCUGUAGUGGAGACCUCUUGUGACAGUAGUGAGGAUAGUCUGCAAAUGCAAACCUCCAAGGCACACGAGGAGGGUGAUGCUUGCAUGGAUCAUCCUGAUGCUAGGACAGAUCAUGGUGAUUGUAUGGAUGGUAACUUGGUCGGAGAAAACAUAGGAAUGGAAAUUCAGUCCCAAUCAGAUACUGCAGACUGGCCACAGUCAGAACACCUCACUCAAGGUGUAGCUCCUGAAUGCAGAACUGUUGCUGCUGAAAGUUUAAGUGACCAACUUCAUAUGCAGCUUCUCAAUGAGAGAUCUCCGUCAAAGCAUAGGACUUCAGCAGCAUCAGGUCAUAGUAUAAGUGGGACAGAGGCUGUCUCGUGUGUCAUCACAUCAUCAACAUUAGGGUAUGCUCAUAGGCAUUCAGCUUCAUCGUUUGCAAUCUCUUCCACUUUGCCAGUUCUUUCUUCAUCCAGUGUAUUUCAAGCCACCCCGAGCAGUUCUCUGCCUGCUGUUUCCAGUGGCCCUCAUGCUCAGCAGACAGCCAACCAGAUAAAAUCACCAAAAGGUCUGUGUGCAAUUGCACCAAAGCCUGGGGCAUAUAUCAUGAAAUGUCCACAGCUUAACCCAACCUCCAGUGCCACCCGUGGGAGGACUAGGGGAAAGGAAGUGAGCCCUAAAAAGCGACAGUUACAGAGGCAGGUUCGAGCCAUCCUACCACGGGGAUACACAUAUGAGAUGAAGAUGACAUCACCUACCAAGGUUGCUGCUAAAUCUCUUAAGAGGAAGGCCACACUUAUUUGCCAGCGCACAAGUCCUGCCAAACCAAUCUUGCCAAAAACAACAAGCAUGACCCAGGGGCAGUCCAGUGACACUGGAGAUACACCUAGAUGGACACGAAGGGGAGUCCACCGUGCUGGCAGAAAGCUAAAGGAAAAAGCAGCUGUAAAAGAGAAGAGGUUACAAAAGUAGGUUUGGUAGGCAGAGUGGCUGGUGAGGACCGCAGCCAUGAGGAGAGUGAUGGGACAGCCAGUGACGUGGAGGAGGGAGCGGUGCUCUCCCAGGAAGACAGUCAGAAUGAGGACGAUGCCGAUGGGGGUGACGAGACCUAUGUCA